CAACAUGGCUGCCUUGUAGGCACUUGGGGGUGUACCCAAGAGGAGAGGCGUAACCAUGAGUGGGGGUAACCACAUGGAGAGGCUGCACACUGCAGACAGAUACAAUUGGAGACAGCUAACAAUUGGAGAUACAAUUGCAGCGAUCGGUCACGUGACACUGGUGUUUUGCUCAGACACAGUUUUCAGCAGAGGAGGAAAGAAGUUGAAACUGAAAGGGGAGGAUUCUCCCGGCCGAGACAGCAUCUGCAACAACAACAACAACAAAAAAAAAAAAAAAAAAAGCUUAAACAGCUCAAGAAGGGCGAACAAAAUGGGUAAGAGAGGAGAUAACAGCAAGAAACGCCGACGUACAUUUGCUGAAGGUGGAAAAAGGCCGAAGAACAAAUUCCCCGUUGACAAAGUGGAUGGAGACAAUGCAAAAGAGCAUGGAGCUUGCGAUGUCACUGAAAAGUCUUGCCCGGAUGCCCCCUGCAAGGCGCAGACCCACUUCAACAAGCAGGUGGUGAAGUGUGUGUGCAGCGCGCACCUUUGCAACCGCAACCUCACCUGGAGGAGGGAGCUGGAAGAGUCAGUGCCCUCAGCCUCCAAGGAUCCAACAUGGGUCAUUAUUGUUGCCACUGUGCUGGUCCUGUGCCUGGUGAUUGUGGCGUUGCUAUUGAGAUGUCUCUCGCAACACAAAAAGAACCGCCGAGCUUCCCUUCAUAUCUCUCCAAUGUCUCCCUGCCAAACAACGCACACGUCCCAGAUCGAUGUCACUGAUGUUCAACUGGAGCAGAUUGUGGACCGCGGGCAUUUUGCCACAGUGUGGCGAGCCACGUAUCAAGGAUCUGCGGUGGCCGUGAAAGUCAUCCCCCCUGCUGCAAAGCAUGCGUUCAUCGCAGAGAAAGAAGUCUACAAGCUCCCACUGAUGAGGCACGCCAGCAUCAUCCACUUCCUGGGUGCUGGGAGAAGGUCGGAUGACGGCAGCUGGCUUCUUGUCCUGCAAAUUGCGGAAUAUGGCUCUCUGCACUCCUUUCUGCGUCUGAACACCAGCAGCUGGCCAACAUCACUCAAGUUGUGCCUGUCUUUAUCACAGGGACUCUCCUAUCUCCACUCAGAUCUGCACACGAAAGAAGGGCACAAACCGCCUGUGGCCCACAGAGACCUCUGCAGCUUCAACGUGCUCGUCCAGGCAGAUGGCACCUGUGCCCUGUGUGAUUUCGGUAACUCCAACAUCCUGUGGCCACACUCAGGCCAUCGCCAGAUGGGAAAUGCAAAGAGUCACAGUCAAACACCAGGCACCCUGUGCUACAUGUCCCCUGAGAUCCUGGAGGGUUCUGUAAACCUCCGCAGCUGGUGGUGUCUGCACGGGGAUGUCUACGCUUUGGGUUUGGUGCUCUGGGAGAUCUGCAUGCGCUGCUCUGACUUGUUUGAAGACGCCGCCGUGCCACAACACCUCCUACCUUAUGAGCGUGAGCUGGGAGGCCUGUUGACAUGGGAGAGCCUCAUCAUCCAUGUAUUUCACAAGGACCUAAGACCCUCCAUACCCGAGCAUUGGCAGCUGCUGAGACAGGGCCCGGAGCUGCAGGAUCUACUCAGAGAAUGCUGGGACUGGGACCCGGAGGCCCGGCUGACUGCUGAGUGCGUCGUGAACAGAUUAAAUUCCCUUUAGUCACAUUCUUCAGGAUAACACUUUUUAAGGAUUGUCUUUGUGAGUCUUAGGAGACAUUUUAUGCAUUUUUCACAAUUUCAAACAGUUCCAAGAAGUCUUAUAAUCUAUUAAUAAAUAUUAUUAAUUCAAGUAUUAUUGUAACAAAUAAAAACCACUACAUUGAAGUACAUUUUGUUAGCUUGGUGAUUAAAUGCAAUCAUCUCAGCAUGGCUCAAGUGGUCGAGUGACCGUCUACCAACAUGAAGGUUGUGGGUUCGACCCCAAACCUCCCAACCCCCAAGUUGUGACCAUGUCAAAGUGUCUAUGCUUCUGAUGCUGUGUCAUCAGUACGUGUAUGAGGUGUCAGUGUUAAAGCGCUUUGAGGACCUUGAAGGUCAUCAUGACUUUGUAUCAUGACUUUGAAAACUGCAAGUUUGUGAAAACCUUGCCUAAUAUGUAACAUUUUCUCCACUUUACUCCGAUACUUAACUUGGGAUAAAUAGAACUUGUCAGCGUAUACUUUAAUUGCAAAAUUUGUGUUAUGACAAAAUAGUCUAUACUUUUUAAAUAUAUUACUUCAUAUGUGAUUUUGUUGCGUCUUACUUCAAUAGUUAUUUGUUUUUGUCUGACCUUUUCAAAUGCACUGAGUAACUUAAUUGGUUCUUGCCUUCUCUCAUCCUGUCUCAAUGGUUGUACCAACCUCCCUUUUGUCUCAAGGACAAGACAAGAUAACUGUAUGAAUAGGUCUUUCUUCUCACUUUCCUCAGUUUUCAGUUUAAUCAGGCAUUGCUCUUCCAUGACUGUAUCAUCUAUUGACACACACUCUCUCUCUCUGCAAGGAUAUUAAAAUUACA